UACCACAAGGCGCAUACUGAUUUUUCAUACUGACAUGUCUUCCCUGUCGGUCUCAGAUCUCGCGAAGAUACAGACGGUCAAGAGGUUGGAAAAUAAUCUGUAUGUCCGCGAGCGUUGUUCUGAUCACUCCCCACAGGUGAAAUGGACCUGGUUCAAACCAUGGGAUUCUACUCGCGUCACCUUCGCCAUUUCUCGAUAUCUGCCUUUCGCAGGUGUUGGAAUGACUGCAUACGGCGAUUUCUAUGAUAAGCUGAUUGCAUGUGCAAAGUGUGCCUCUACUCUGGAAGGAAUUAGUAUCGUUCUCAUUCCCGCAAUAGGUAUCGCUGCUGCGGAAAGCCUGCUUGUUCUUCGAACCUGGGCGUUCUGGCAAAAGAGUAAAAGACUGAUGAUCGGGUUAAGGACUUAUAGUGUGUUGACAAUUGUCGCCGUCAUUGUCACAUGCCUCAGCCCUAAAAUGUUGAUUCCAGGGGAGGAGCCCCCUCUAGGAACGUGUUACUUCGAGAGCACCCGCAAUUAUGCUGUCCCAUACAUGUUCUUGGCGAUGUUCGAAAGCUUGAUGCUAGCCCUUACUGUGUACAAGAGAGUUCACGACUACCGAGGUUUUCAAAGCGGAAUAGUAGUAACACUGUACCAUGACGGCAUCUUCUACAUGAUGUGCAUCCUCACUAUCACACUGGCCAAUGUGAUCGUUGUAGCUGCGCUUCCGAGUGCCUAUAGUAAUUUGUUUGCCACGCUACAGCCGGUCACUCAUAGCGUCUUGGCAUCACGAAUUCUAUUCCGCAUUCGACAUAGCAAUGAGCGUGAAUAUGAGACGUCGUCCAUGACGCUGUUAGACCCUGUGAACUUUCUACGACCCCCUGCCAUGUCAAUUGGUGGAACGACCAGAAGUGCAGUUUGAGGGGAUAUAUGCAUAUGUAGAACCAUUGUAUCUGUUAAAUCAGAAGCUUCUCCUCUUAUGUGAUAUAAUAUACGACUCAAAUUAUGAUGUUAAAGGGCCAUGAUACAGCGAGACCUAACGGCAUGAACGAAUUAGUGGUUCAUUCCCGACCGGCUCUUUGUUCGACCGUGCGUAGUCCGAUGUCAAGGCUUUUCAUGCGACGACAGGAUAAUUCUGCAUCAUAUGCCUGAGAUUUACUUCCGUAAACCUCGUCUUGAAGUCAAUAGCGCAUGGCCUGUCAUUCGGCAUCGCCCCGGUCAUGAAACCCAAGUCAUGAAACGGCUUUGUAGGAUCCAGAGUGAGCUGGAAAGCCCAAAGAAUAAGAAGCGAAUUUAUGAACACCGAUCUGUUCGCAACAUGUUGAGUAGGGCAUAUGC